GAGCUGCGGGAGCAGAUGUCUGGGUAUAAGCGCAUGCGGCGGCAGCACCAGAAGCAGCUGAUCGCCCUGGAGAACAGGCUAAAGGCCGAGAUGGAUGAGCAUAGGCUCCGGCUGCAGAAGGAAUUAGAGACACAUGCGAACAACACUUACAUUGAGCUGGAAAGACUGGCCAAACGCCACGCUGCUCAAACAGACAAAGAGAUGAAGUCGGUUGCAGCAGAAGAGAGGAGGAUCCAGCAACAGAUUGUUGCUCAGCAAAAAAAAGAGCUGACUACUUUCUUAGAGAACCAGAAAAAGGAGUACAGGCUUUGCAAAGAGAAGAUCAAAGAAGAGAUGAAUGAAGACCCUUGCACACCCAAGGAGGAGAAGCAGGAGCGUCUGUCCAGGCACAAAGAAACAAUGCAGCGCUCUCAGGCUGAGGAGGAAGCUCAUCUGCUGGCCCAGCAGAGGCUGGUCUACGACCGGAGCUGCAGGGCCCUCAAACGCCGGAGUCUGGUCAGGAGGCAUGAGUUUGAACAGGAGCAACUGAGAGAGGAGCUGAACAAGAAGAGGACCCAGAAGGAGAUGGAACACGCCCUGAUGAUCCGGCAGGACGAGUCCACCCAGGACCUGGAGCGCAGGCAGCUGCAGAUGCUGCAGAAGCUGCGUGUUGAACUCAUGCGGCUGCAGCACCAGACAGAGCUCGAAAACCAGGAGGAGUACAACAGCCGGCGGCAGAGAGAACUACACAGGAAACACAGUCUGGAGCAACGGCAGCAGCCCAGAAACCUCAAGACGCUGGAGGUGCAGAUCAAGAAACAGUUCCAAGAUACCUGCAAGGUGCAGAACAAGCAGUACAAAGCUCUUAGGAACCAUCAGCUGGAGGUCUCCCCCAAAGGCGACCAUAAGACCAUCCUGAAGAGUCUGAAAGAGGAGCAAACACGCAAGCUGGCUGUGCUGGCCGAGCAGUACGAGCAGAGCAUCAACGAGAUGAUGGCUUCACAAGCGAUGCGAUUAGAGGCAGAGCAGGAAACAGAGUGCCAAGCUCUGAAGCAGCAGCUGAAGCAAGAGAUGGAGCUCCUGGACGCCUACCAGAGAAAAACCAAGUCACAGAUGGAGACCCAACAUGAGCGAGAGGAGCAGAAACUUGAGCAGAAGGUCUCCAUACGCAGAGCGCACCUUGAACAGAAGAUUGAAGAGGAACUGGCCGCGCUUCAGAAGGAACGUACUGAAAGGAUCAAGCACUUGUUGGAACGUCAGGACAGAGAAAUUAACGCUUUUGACACAGAAAGUAGAAGUCUCGGCUUUGGAAGCCUGGGAUCUCUGGACUUCCCCAAAGAAGACAACAGAUGA